GCAGACUCAUGUGAGCAAGCCAUCUUCAAGCCUCAAGAGGCUGCGGCGAUCAACUCCAUCGAAGAAAAUGAAGCUUAAUCCGCUCAUCUCAGUGCUAUCGCGUUCAUGUAGCUCACACUUGGCAUCACGGACGGCGGCUCCGAGCUGGACGGCCUUGAAGGCGCAGUCUUCUCAACGCACAUAUUCAGCACAAACGGCGGGGACUAUUUCGCUAAGACGUUCAUAUCUGUAUGUGCCUGCAAGCUCCGAGCGCAUGCUACAGAAGUCCCUAGUCACCAAGUCAGACACCAUCAUCUACGAUCUUGAGGAUAGUGUCGCACCAUCUGAGGCAGACAAGUCAAGUGCGAGAGAGAGGCUAGUCAACUUUCUAACCACUACCUCGGCAGAAAAGCUGCCUUGCCCAGAGCGCAUCGCUAUACGGCUGAACGCCACCGACACGCCCUUCUUUGAGCGUGAUAUCAACGAAGCUCUCCGUAUACCCUCAGUCCGCACCUUCAUCCUUCCGAAGGUGCACUCUUCUCAAGAGCUACAUGUCGUGUCGAGUGCAAUAGACGCAUCAGGACGCGCCGGAGAUCCCAUUCGCUUAGUAGCAAGCAUCGAGAGCGCCCGCGCACUGUGGAAUCUCGGCAACAUCGCGAAUUGGGCAUCUGCCCAUGGCAACUCAGGUGGACAGCUUGCAGCUUUGUUGUUCGCAGCUGAAGAUUAUUGCGCUGAUACGUCUAUUAUCCGGACACCUUCCCGCCAAGAACUUCUAUACACCAGGUCGAAGAUAGCAGUUGCUGCGAAAGCAUUCGGUCUCGAGGCGAUAGACAUGGUGUGCGUGAACUACAAAGAUCUUGCGUACUUGAAGGAGGAAUGCGAAGACGGGAGACGAUUGGGCUUCACCGGCAAGCAAGCCAUCCACCCUACUCAAGUCGAAAUGAUACAGUCCACUUUCGUCCCAAGCGCGCAAGAAAUCCUACGCGCUGCCAAGAUUACUCAUCAAAUGGCUCAGGCGCAUGCAUCUCAACGAGGAGCUGUCGGUCUUGAACUUGGUGAUGGAAACGGUGGUAGGGAGAUGAUCGACGCGCCCAUGCUCAAACAGGCGGAAAACACAAUCAAGAUUGCUCGAGCUGCAGGGCUAGAGAUACCUCAGUUUGUCUGAGUAUACAUACAAUCUGAAUAUGGGUGUCGCGCUAGAUAAUACGACCAGGAUGUCGUGUACUUGACAAGUCGAUAGCUUGAAUCGAUGAGAUCUGACCUCGCCGAAC